CGUACAACUUACAUUCUUGGAAGUUCAUGGGUUCAUCGGAGAGUGAACACAUAUAAAAAUGACACAUAGUCAUAUAAGGUAAAAUAUCUGUCAAUCAUUCGAAACACAUCCACUGGGAGAUAAACAUAUACGAUAUAGUAAGACAACGUAAAAGAACAAGAUGGCGAUUGGAUGUGGAGCUAGUAUAGUGAAGAUUAUCUUAUUUGUUGUUAAUUUUAUAUUCUUUUUUUUGGGAAUUCUAGCUGUAGCAUUAGGUAUCACUGCAAUAGUAAAGAACAGUGCUUUAGAAGUACUAACUCAAUUUGGUGAUGCGGAGAACUACGAUGUGACGUCAUUAUUGAGAACAGGUGCCGUUGUGUUGAUAGUUGGAGGAGUUUUUGCUUUAGUUGUAGGAUUUUUAGGAUGUUGUGGUGCUUGGAAAAUGCACAAACUUAUGCUACAAAUAUACGCCGGUAUUAUCAUCAUUAUACUGAUAAUAGAACUGACAGCUACAAUAAUUGCAAUAGUCUUCACAUCCGAUGUAACGUCAAAGUUAAAACCAAUUUUAUUGGAAAGAAUAGAUGCCAAAUUUGAUGGUAAACUGAAUACUGGAGAUGCAUUUACACUUGGUGUCAAUUUCGCUCAAGUGAAGUUUGAUUGCUGUGGAGUAAAUAACUAUACUGAUUUUGAUGGAGCAAAUAAUUGGAACAAGACUUUAAGUGAUGGUAGAACCGCAAGCAUACCUGUUACAUGCUGUAAAAUUACCAACAAGGAUUCAUUUUACGACAACCCAUCAUCUGCUAAAUAUGAAGCAAAUUGCCAAACAUCACCAUCUGAUGUGAAUUCUAACUGGAAAAAGGGUUGUUAUAGUUCUAUUUAUGACUACGCUAAAGAUAAUGCUGCAUUAGUUAUUGGAGUUGGAAUCACAAUUGUCAUAGCUCAGGUUUUCUGUAUCUUUUUUGCCUGCUGUUUGAUCAGAGCUAUGAAGGACCAACUUAAUAUGUAAAUAUGACAAAAACAGAUGUGAGAUCUCAACUUAACCUUCAGCUAGAUCUUGAAAUUGUACUGAUAGAUAUAUAUGUUUUGUAUCAUUAUGUACUUUAUGCUUAUCUAUGCAUGCCUGUAUAUGCUGUUAUUUUUUAAUAUCCUUGUGACUUUUUUGUCCGUGCCCUUGUAUGCUGUUGAUUUUAAUAUCUUUGUGACUCUCAAAUUCAUUGAUUUUACCCCAAACCCAUAUGCUGUAAUUUCGGGGGUUCUAAUGCAAAUUUUGAACUUGAAACCCAUUUUAUGAAAACUGUAUUAUAUAUUUCCAUUAGAAGGUAAGGUAAACGUUGCAUAAAUAUUUUCACCCGAAGCCCAUUUUAAAAUUUAAUUUUCCUUCUUUUCUGAAAUUGCACGAAUCACAGCAGUACAUGCAUGUUCUUACCAGUUUGAAUUACAACCUUCUAUCUCUGGACAUGAUUUUUAAAAAUAAUGAGACAAAAACAAGGGUAAUGGUCAUAGCCUUUUCCACAUAUUUGAAAUGAUAACGCAUACCUUUGUAAUAGCUUGUUAGUAUACCGUGUUAGUAUAAUAUUUUAAUAAUGUUUUUAUUAUAUAGUUAAAUGUAUUUUAUCUAUCUUGAUGUCAAGUUUCGUAAUUUGUUAAUAAAUAUGAAAAAAGAA